CCGCGAUUCCCGCAGUUCUGUUGGGAGCGUGGUGUGUGGGUCGGUGCAGCGGGCAACGCCGGGGCCGGUCGUGUGACUGCAGCUAACGUCCGUACAGAGCAACUGUUUGAUUUGAACGAGUUACUGGUGAGAAGAUGUCGACCACAGCGAACGAGAAUGCCUCCCCCCGUUUGACCAAGUUUAAGAACAAGGGGAAAGACGCCAAUGAAUUGAGACGAAGGAGAAUUGAAACCAACGUUGAAUUGAGAAAAGCCAAAAAAGAUGAUCAGUUGUUCAAAAGGAGGAACGUGAGCAGUCUGCCGGAUGAAGCUUUAUCGCCUCUUCAGGAGAAGAACACUGUCCAGAUGCAUAUGAGUUUGGAAGAAAUUAUCCAAGGUGUUCAGUCCAAUUACUUGGAAACACAACUUCAAGCUACUCAAGCUGCUAGGAAGCUACUUUCUAGAGAAAAGCAUCCUCCCAUUGACAAAAUCAUUCAGUCUGGGCUCAUCCCCAAGUUUGUCACAUUUCUUGGUAACUUUGAUUGUAGUCCUAUUCAGUUUGAAGCUGCUUGGGCUCUCACCAACAUUGCUUCUGGAACAUCAGAUCAGACCAAGGCAGUUGUUGAUGGUGGUGCUAUCCUUGCUUUCAUCAAUCUACUGGCAUCUCCACAUCCCCACAUCAGUGAACAAGCCGUGUGGGCGUUAGGAAACAUUGCAGGUGAUGGAUCACACUACAGGGACCUGGUUAUCAAGUGUGGAGCUCUUGACCCAUUGAUGGCAUUGUUGGCUGUUCCUGAAUUAUCUGUAUUAUCGUCUAGUUAUCUAAGAAAUGUAACGUGGACGCUGUCCAAUCUCUGCCGCAACAAGAACCCAUCUCCUCCAAUUGAAGCAAUAAAACAGAUUCUGCCAGCCCUUGUACGCCUUCUACAACACAAUGACAAAGAAGUUCUUGCAGACGCAUGCUGGGCUAUUUCUUAUCUCACAGAUGGUUCCAAUGAUCGCAUUGACGUGGUGGUGUGCACCGGGGUCGUACCACGCUUGGUGCAACUGCUCUCGUCGUGUGAACUUGCAAUUGUAACUCCUGGUCUCAGGGCAGUGGGCAAUAUAGUGACUGGUACAGAUGACCAGACACAGAUAGUGAUUGAUUCGGGUGUGCUGAAUUUGUUUGGUGCUCUACUUGCUCAUCCAAAAAGCAACAUCCAGAAAGAGGCUGCGUGGACCAUCUCAAACAUCACUGCAGGGAAGCCAGAACAAAUCCAGGCAGUUAUUGACAAUGGGCUGGUGCCAUACCUCAUUCAGUUGCUCAAAAAGGGUGACUUUAAAACUCAGAAAGAAGCUGUCUGGGCUGUGACCAAUUACACCAGUGGUGGCACAGUUGAACAAAUUAUCUACCUCGUUCAAGCUGGAGUUGUUGAGCCAUUAUUGGCACUGCUAUCAGUCAAGGAUUGCAAGACCAUCCAAGUCAUUUUAGAUGCCAUUACUAAUAUCUUCCUGACUGCAGAAAAAGUUGGUGAAACAGAUAAGCUUUGUUUAAUUAUUGAAGAAUGUGGAGGUCUGGAUAAAAUUGAAGCUCUACAGUCCCAUGAAAAUGAACUGGUAUACAAAGCAUCACUGAAUCUGAUAGAAAAAUACUUCUCGGAGGAGGUAGAGGAAGACCAGAGUGUUGUACCAGAUGCCACUGAAGAGGCUUUUACAUUUCAGACUGAGAACCCUAGUAUAAAAUUUGACUUUUGAAUUCCUUCAAACAUUAAAAUUGACUGGGUUUACAAUCUUGUUUUUCUCCUGACUGCCUUACUUGUCUAGCACCUGUACUUGAGUAUUUUCUUGUACAUUUGUAUAAAUUGUUACCUGGUGUAAACUUGUAAUUAGAAUGUAAAUAUUUCUCUGAACUGUCACUAUUUUAUUUUGCCAUUUAAGAAGGCAUGUGUGCAUUGAGAUUCUAACUUUAAAUAAAGUAUUCAGGAAAUUCUCUUCAAA